GCCAAAGAAGACAGUCAGAAGGCAAAGUUAGUCUGGUUUAAUAUCAGUGACACUACAGAGCUUCAGAAAUCGUGCAGGAAUUUAUUACACCCUUUAAUACAGCAACACUGUAGAGCUGUCCGCACGUUUCUGAACCGUCUCCUGUAGUAUAUUGAUAUUAUUUUGAGAUUUCUUUGUGCACAUUAUUAAAACGACAAAACAUGCCACCUCAGAAGACCUUGGAUUACGGACAGCACGUGGCUCCUCCGGUGCCGCCGCACAACGGUAGAGAGACCGGGCACAGCAUCGGACAGGAGCGGAGUUUGAAAUGCGUAUUGCUGGGAGACGGGUCUGUUGGGAAGACCAGUCUGGUUGUCAGCUAUACCACGAAUGGAUACCCGACCAAGUACGUGCCCACUGCGUUUGACGACUUCUCAGCUGUGGUGCAGGUUGAUGGAACUCCAGUGAGACUUCAGCUCCGCGACACUGCUGGACAGGAUGAGUUUGACAAGCUGCGGCACCUCUGCUAUCCGCGUGCCGACGCCCUGCUGUUGUGUUUCAGUGUGGUGAGUCCUGCCUCCUUCCAGAACGUUUGGGAAAAAUGGGUGCCUGAAAUCAGGCGCCACUGCCCCUUGGCACCAGUGGUCUUGGUCGGCACACAGUGCGACCUUCGCCAAGACGUGAAGGUGCUGAUCGAACUCAACCGGCAACAGGAGAAACCGGUGCCCGAGAGCGACGCCAGGGCGCUGGCAGAGAAGAUUGGAGCCAUCUCAUACGUGGAGUGCUCAGCCCUGACACAGAAGAACCUGAAAGAGGUUUUCGACGCGGCGAUAUCUACCGGACUGAGAUUCUCCGAGCAACGGGCGCGCAAAGACGGGAAAAUGAAAAACACGGCAGAUAAAAUGAAAACGCUCUCCAAAUCAUGGUGGAAGAAAUACGCCUGCCUACAGUGACAGUUCACGAAGUCUGUUUCCUCAUCCUGUUCUCUCCCAGGUAUCAACCUUCCAAGGUGAUUUUUGACGCUCUCGGAAGUUGGUAUUUAAAUUUGCACUGGGAUCGAUUUAUUUUCCCAGCUGUGUGAGUGAUGGAACUCUGUCUGGAUCUUGUACUGUAUUUAUUUUCUGAAAACAUUUUUUUUCUUUCUGGAAGAAUGUCUUUGUUAAGUCCUGUGGAUUUUUGUAUAAGAAAUAAUUUUAAUAAUAAAUCCUUUUUAAAACAUACUCAGCAGAAGUGUAAACCAGUAGUAACUUUUUUUUAAAAGGGUUUGGAUCUAACCAGGGCCUGAAUGAAAUUUGAAUUAUGGCCACGCAUAAAAUUGAAAAUUGGUUUAGUUCUGAAAAUUAGGUAUUGCUUACAUUGAAUCGGCCUCUAUAGACUUUUCUGUGCAUGAAAAACCAAGACCCUGAUUUUGUAUAUGACACCAGAACCCAAUAACAUAGAGGGAAGUUGAAAUAUAGUCUAAAUAUUUAUCUCCAGUACAUGCAACACAAUUCAGUAGGUCACUGUGUUGCCUGUUUUAAGGACCUGGUUUGAUCACAACAUACACCACAAAUUGCAUUUGAUUAAAGACUGUUGUAAAUGUUUUUUUUUUCCUCAUUCUACUCCUGCUGCGGGUAUAUUUGUGUCAUAUUGCUUCUCAUUCUUUAGAAGCUUAUAUCUGUUGUUUUAAUCAGAUGGUUUAUUGUGUGUCAGUGAGAGAAAUGCAAGAUGUAUGAGAUACUGUUAAAGAACCCUCCUUUUUUUUUUUUUUCACCAGUUGUUGACUCCAUUCUAGCUGGGACCAGAUCUCUAAAUGGGGUCUGAUCUACCCAGCUAAACCAUUCUAGAUUUGCAAUGCUGUGGAUUUAGCUCUUCCAGCUGAUUACAAUUCAGGAUUUUAGUCUGGUGGGCUGCACACCCUGCUGUACAUUAUCGGUAGUGGGGAGCGCAGUAGUUGUAUUGCCCAGCAAUGUUUUCUAGGAGGGGAAAUGGUCUUGUCUGAUUUGUUUGUUCCUUUUUAAAUGUGAUUCGUGUUUCAUUCCUGCCUCUGCUGGGGACUGCGUUAUAAGCAGUUUGCUUUUAAUGGAAUUGUGUCUUAUGAUUUUGAAAUAAAACUAAUAGUUUAGAAAAAAA